CUUUUCUAGUCUGAUCGCUGAUCGUCUGGCAAAAAAACAACAAAAAAAAAAAACAGGAUCCUUAAAGAAGAGAUAUCGGGAAGAAAGAAAAACAACCUCAAUCGACUAACUCAACACUGAUUAUAAAACAUGAAAGCAAUAAGCCCAGUGCGGUCCUUCCGGAAAAACAACGCCAAUCUAUCGGAGCACUCCUUGGGAAUCUCUCGGAGCAAGACCCCGGUGGACGACCCGCUCAGCCUGCUGUACAACAUGAACGACUGCUACUCCAAGCUGAAGGAGCUGGUGCCCAGCAUCCCCCAGAACAAGAACGUCAGCAAGAUGGAAAUCCUGCAGCAUGUCAUCGACUACAUCCUGGACCUGCAGAUUGCGCUGGACUCCAGUGUCGCACUAACCAGCCUGCAUCACCCUGCUCGGCCGGGGCAGGCUGCGUCCAGGACCCCCCUGACCACCCUCAACACAGACAUCAGCAUCCUGUCAUUACAGUCCCCGGAGUUGCCAUCAGAGCUGAUGACAGAUGACAGCCGGACUCUGCAUCGUUAAAGCGGGUGUUUGGUCAAGACGCAAAAAACACACACACACACACACACACACACACACAGGACCUGGGGAGCAGGACUUUCUCCCCCAUCCCCCUCUCCUCCUCCUCCUCCUCCUCCUCCUCCUCCUCCAACCUCUGUCCUCCAGGCCUGGAUUUGUUUUCUUUUUUCUGCUGACGCUGAAAUCAAGAGACUUUUGCUUAUUAUGGGACAAUCUAAUGUGAUGUGUUUUCUGUAUGGACACUUCAUUAUUAUUUAACUUAAGACUUUUUUUUAUUUUUAUUUGUGGGUCCUUUCUGGAAAUGGAAGGAGAGUGGGAGGAAAAACGAGAUUAUUGUCACAAGGAUUAUUUCCCCCCCACACACACCCCUGUCCCUCUCCUUGUCUUCGCUUUUUUUGCGGAGGUGGGAACGUGAAUAGAAAAGACAACUUGGUUAGUUACUGUAAAAAGUUUAGUCUUGUCUUGUCAGAAUUGUUGGCACAUGAAGGACUGGACGUUGUUUAAAAAAAAAAAAAGUAAAAAAGUAAAAGAAUGAAACCUUGUGAACUCCUGUCGGGAGUUUAUCUUGUAUAGUUGCAGGAAUUUGAAACUUCUGCAAAAGUGUAAUGUUGUACUUAAUUAUGCUGAAACUUUUUAUAAAAGUAAUGUAAAUUGUACCUUUUUUAUACAAAAUAAAUCAAAAACGCAA